AUCAAUAACUGACAUUCAGUCAUGCUCUCUUGAAAAAUUUGGCAUGAAGCCUUGUUUGUGGCAGCUCAAAGUUGCCCAGACUCUGCUCAAAGGGGACUGGGAUGUCAUAUGCAUAGUGGGCACUGGAAUGGGGAAAAUGCUUGGAUUCUGGUUACCUUUGCUGUUCUGUGAUGGCAGCAUUCAAAUCAUUGUCACUCCUCUUAAUAUGCUAGGCAGGCAAAAUGCUGCAUCACUGGCCAAGGCCAGCAUACAUGGAAUAUCCAUUGAUGGAGAGACUGUCAACAUGUUCCAGACACUUGGCAAGAUAUGA